AUGAAUGGUGAGGAUAGAGGUUGUACCGCGAUGAUAAAGAAAAAGGUGAAGAAACUAACAUAUCACACUGGUUUUGAGAUCGAAGAGAUCGAAACCAGUGGAGAGAGAUCGAGCUAUAGCUUGAUAUACCCUGCCGAUGCACCAUACACUCAAAUAAUUGCCCAACAAGGGGAGAGUAAGAAGCCAAAACGCCGUCGUAGUAAGAAGAACAAAGGAGGUGAAAACGGUGCCUCCGAUGCCAACAAGAAGAGGAAGCUUAGUGCGGAGCAAGUUAAUCUACUUGAGCAGAACUUCGGAAAUGAGCAUAAACUUGAGUCUGAGAGAAAAGACAGGCUCGCAUUGGAGCUUGGUUUGGACCCUCGACAAGUUGCAGUGUGGUUUCAAAACAGACGAGCUCGCUGGAAGAACAAAAAACUUGAAGAAGAGUACUCAAACCUUAAAAAAUCCCAUGAAGCCACCAUGCUCGAGAAAUGUCGCUUGGAGACUGAGGUUCUGAAGCUGAAAGAGCAACUUUCUGAGGCGGAGAAGGAGAUUCAGAGGCUGCUAGAAAGUGGUGAUAGGGUUCCAAGCAACAGUUCUAGCUCCUCACAGUCGCAAUCACAGUCUAUGGAGGCGGUGGACCCACCAUUCUUUGGGGAGUUUGGAGUUGAUGGUUAUGAUGACAAUGUAUUCUACGGGCCCGAGACUCACUACAUCAACGCCAUGGAAUGGAUUAAUCUGUAUAUGUAA